UUCCGGCCUUCUUGCAGGUGGUGGGUGUGAUCUCGGUUCUGUUCAUCGUUUUAUCAACGUUAGCCCUGACCCUGAACACUCUGCCGUCGCUGCAGGAACAGGACGCCAAGGGUCAUCCGAUCGACAACCGCGAAUUGAGCAUCGUGGAAGCCGUCUGCAUCACGUGGUUCACCCUCGAAUAUCUCCUCCGAUUCCUGUCGGCCCCCAACAAGUGGAAAUUCUUCAAGGGGCCCCUGAAUGUGAUAGAUCUGUUGGCCAUCCUGCCCUACUUUAUCUCGCUGUUCCUGAUAGAGACUAAUAACAGCACGGAAUCCUUCCAGGAUGUGAGGAGGGUGGUGCAGAUCUUCAGGAUCAUGCGGAUCCUCAGAAUCCUAAAACUGGCCCGCCAUUCCACUGGGCUGCAGAGCUUGGGAUUCACACUCCGCAACAGCUACAAGGAGCUCGGCCUGCUAAUGCUCUUUCUGGCCAUAGGGGUCAUGAUCUUCUCGUCCUUGGCUUAUUUUGCCGAAAAGGAUGAACCAGAGACCAAAUACACCAGCAUCCCAGAGACUUUCUGGUGGGCCAGUAUCACCAUGACGACGGUGGGUUAUGGGGACAUCUGCCCGACCACGCCCCUUGGCAAGGUGGUGGGCACUGUGUGCUGCAUUUGCGGGGUGCUCGUCAUCGCGCUGCCCAUUCCCAUCAUCGUCAACAAUUUCGCAGAGUUCUACAAGAACCAGAUGCGGCGGGAGAAGGCUCUUAAGCGUCGCGAGGCCAUGGAAAAGGCCCGCAGGGAUGGCAGCAUCGUUACCUUCCGCCCGGUCAACUUGCGGGACGCCUUCGCCAAGAGCAUGGACCUCAUCGAUGUGCUGGUCGACACCCAACACAACGUCAGCCAGGUAGACGCCGGCAGCUUAGAAGAAGACUCUCUGCAUUACACCACGACGGGCACCGGCUGCUACCGCAACCACGAGCACGGCUUCAAGCCACCGCCCCAACCCAAGGGGGAGGACAACGCCACUUUCACGACGGGAGCUGACCUGGCUCCUGGCACCAUCAACCCCAGCGCACACAACACGCUGGACGUGCCCAGGCCUGUAGAGGAACUGCCGGCCAUCAAGUCGCAGGUGUUUCCCGAUGAGGUGCCUAGAAACCAAUUUUUUUCAUCCAUCCACUUUGGCCGAACAAGAGUUGCCCAAGCUGAGGAUGAAGACAACAGAGAGUUAAAAGAAAAAUGGUUGCUUGUAGCACUUCUCAGAGAAUUCCCGAAUGUGCAAUCACCACAGCUUUCAAGACGACAUAAGACGGUUUCAUAUUUCUCACGCGUCUUCAAGUGCCAAGUCUUUCAAGCAAGCCGUCUUGCUCAAGCGAGCUCAGCUGUUUCGAUUCCUACAACUUGGUACCUCAUCAGUUGUGUCUAA